UAUAAACGGAUGAAAAUUAAAGAAAGAAAGAAAGAAAGAAAGAAAGAAAUGGACGGAGGCGGAAGUAAACAGGUCACGUGGGUCGGAGGUUGCCAAGGUCGUCGUGUCUCCAUGACAACACCUGCGGAGGAACGAGUCUGUAAAGCGCUACAGAGCGUAAAGGAUGGGAGAAACCGUUGAUGGUAAAAAAGAGGAUGCCGACUACAAAAGACUACAAAGCUUUCCUCUCAUCAGGCACACAGAUAUGCCAGAGGAGAUGCGCGUGGAGACGAUGGAGCUUUGUGUCACAGCCUGCGAGAAAUUUGCCUCCAACAAUGAGAGUGCUGCCAAGAUGAUCAAGGAGUGCAUGGAUAAGAAGUUUGGCAGCUCGUGGCAUGUGGUGAUCGGUGAGGGGUUUGGAUUCGAGGUGAGCCAUGAAGUCAGGAACCUGCUCUACAUGUUCUUUGGGGGAAGUCUGGCUGUGUGUGUUUGGAAAUGCUCCUGAUGUCACUUCCUGCCCACACAGUCGCCACUGUGAGAUAUUUAUACUCAUGGAUCUGUCCUAACUAUGCAGCCCUAUUUGACUUGAGACAUUUGUGUGUGUAUGCACAUGUGUGAAAUUGGAAGAGGGGAAAAGGAUACAGAUUCUUGUGCACUUCUCCAGAUCACUCUUUUCCUGUCUUACGUUUUUAUGGAUAGGCUUCAAUUUUAAGCCAUAAACACAGAUUAAAAAGGAGUUUGAUUAACUCUUUUUUGCAAUUUUUUUUAUUCAACCUAUGGAGUUUAUUGCAACCUAUUUAAGAAAAUGUUUCAGUUUUGUCCUCUUCCUGUGCUGUUUACUUUCUUAAAACAUAUUGGUUUUAUUGUGUGCAAUCCAUUAUAGCACGUUAUUCCAAAGAAAACCUUUGCCUUUGUAAUCUUUCAUCAAAUUGUAUUAACUUGCCACUACUCUCAAAUGACUUUCAUUUUUAGUCCAUCAUGUUUUCAGUUCCCUCCCAUUCAAGCAUCCGUCACCAUUCUUCAUAACUCAACUGUGAAUGAAUGAAUUCUGGUAUGCAACACUCACGUUAAUGGCCAAUCAGUUCCAAGUGGAUAAAAGUGCAGCUCACCCUUUUUUUAGCUGAAUGUUAUUUUUCAUUCAGAAAUGAAUCGUAUUACAGAGGUAAAAUUGGUUGAGAAGUCUGUGUCAUGUUAAAGUUUACAUGGUGUACAGUUAAAAAAAAAAAAAAAAUGAUAAUUUUCCUUUUAAUCCAUGAUCUUGCAUUCCUUUUCUAUUUAGGCUCUGUGUGAUAUUGAAUAUUGUUUACUAAUAGCCAAAUAGCUAAUUAGUCAUAGUUUAAGCAAUAUUGCUUUUGGCUCGGCUCGGCUCGCUCAUCCAUCCCUCCCUCUACAGUUAAGUCCUGCUCUUGAUGAAUAUCCUGUUUCAUUCGGAUAUACACUACUGUUAAAAAGUUUGAAGUCGGUAAGAUUUCAUAAGUACACUCAGGUUGUGGUUAGUUCAAAACACUAAUAUUGUCAAAUGUUAGUACAAUUUUAAAAGAAACGUUUUCUAAUUUAAUAUUAUUUAUUCCUUUGAUGUUAAAGCUGAAUUUUCAGUAUUAUCAGUGUUGAAAACAGUAGCGCUGCUUAAUGUUUUUGAGGAAACUGCAAUACAUAUUUGGAUGGGUUGGAUGGGAUAAACCAGAUCACAAAAUGUUAAACCUCUUACCUCAAACCUUUGAACAGUAGUGUGUGUCACAUUACUGAGGUGAAAUGGAUUAUGAGUGGCAAUAUAAACAGUUUAGUGUAGUUUUGAAAGAGAUACUUAAGUCUAUUUCAAUCUAUUUGUGAGUGGACAUACAGUGAUGUGCUCUGUAAUAACUGAAGUGCCAGUCUGCAUUUCUGUCUCUUGAUGCUCAGAAUACUUGCUUGUAUUUGUUUGGCAGGCUGCGUAGGAAUGUGUUUUCUGUGUGAGGCUGUUCAGCACAGAAUGUGUGUCAUUGCACUACAUUUCAUGUGUCAUUUUCUCUCUCUCUCUCUGUCUCUGUCUCUCUGUCUCUUUCAUUCUGUUUCCGGUCCAGUAGUGUCUCUCUCAGUGGGCUGCUCUGACACCUGUUUCAGAUUCCUCUUUCCCUUUCAUUGUUAAUUUUUUUUUUCCUUCUAUCCUUUCAUUGUCACCCCAGGAAUCUUGUGCCGUGUACUUUCCCCCUCUUUACAUAACCAUUAUUUGUAGAGUGUGAAUACUUGAACAUGACAUACAUUGUCAGAACUUGAUUUCUGAAGGUUUCUGUAGUCAUGCAAUAAUGCAGUUAGUACUCUCUCUCUUUUUUUUGGUACCACUUCACAGCCCUGAAUUGCAUAAAUGCUGAAACCAUUCACUAUCAUAAUUUGCAACAAUUUAAAACCUAAAACAUAAUCUAAUAGUCUUUAAUCCUAUUUUGAAGGUACGUUUAAGUGGUUAUGUAAUUAUAGAAGUUGCAGUUGCUCAUUUGUCAUUUAACUAUGGGAGUAAUUUCUGUGCCACAAGUGUUAUUAAAUGAAACUGCAUAAAUAGCAGAUGAAAAAUGUCAUCUGCCAGUAGUUGGCCAACUUAAUAGUUCCGCCUCCAGACAUAUGCCAUUGUUUGAGCCAGUGUCAUUGUGUUCAGCCCAGUCAGGCCACUGAUUACAAUUCUGAUGCACAUGCUAUAGUGAACACUUUACCUUGAAUUAUUUGAGUUCACAUGAGUGAACAGAUUCAAUUGUUAUUUUAAAAAUAUUUUUGAAUCUUUAUGUAUUUUUAUUUUUUUAUCACUGCUAAUUUAAUUGGUUGCUGUUUGACACUUUUGAUACAUCAAACUUGCUGCCAAGUUCAUGAGUUUGAUCAGAGAGGCCUGCAAAUUAUGUUUCAGUCAUCAUCCUGAGAAACAAUUAAACUGUGCAAACCGUGCUUUUGAUUUCAACUGAAGUUAAAUGCUGCAAUAUUUUAUCACAAUGCAGUAAACCUUUUAAUGACUUUAUGAUCUUUUAUUCAAUUUUUUAUUAUUUUUAUGGCAACUCUGUGCAAUAAUUUCCUCUGUUUAGAUAAAUAAAAUUGUCGAAAGACA